AUGGGGGGGGGUGGUGGAGCAGUUGGGACACUGGCAGCUGGCGAAAGAGGUCUCUUCCACUUGGGAGCCCUCUUGGAAACCUUCCUGGACCCCGCCGCGCGCAGACCCCGCGCCUUGAGCCCGGGGCCGGAGGCUCGAGCCCGGCAGCCCGCGGGUCCUCGGGGGCGACCCCGUCGCGCACCCCAACUCCGGCUCGGUCCGCCGCGCGCCGCGCCGCCCUCCCGCCAUGGCCCGGGCCCCGGGGCCCGCCGCCCACCGCCCGCCACCCUUCGCGCCCCGGGGGCGCAGCUGAUCCCCAGUCGGCGGGGGGGCGGCUGGCGGGGCCGGGGUCCCCCUCGAUUUCCAGUCCGGGGGAGGGACGCGUCGCUCUUCGUCUCCGACCCAGACGACCCCCUGCAGCCGCCAAGUCCAUGCCAAGGUUCCCUGCUGGGUGCAGACAUGGCUGAGAGCUCCUCACCGCCCCCCUCGACUACCACAGCCCCGGCCACUGAGCGGAGCAUCACAGAGCAGCCGGGGCCUCAGAGCCCCCCUCCCUCACCUCCAGGCCCCGCGGAGCCCCUGGAUGAAGUGGACCCUGAUGUUCCCCACCCAGACUUGGCGCCCGUUGCCUUCUUCUGCCUGCGACAGACCACCAGCCCUCGGAACUGGUGCAUCAAGAUGGUGUGCAACCCAUAUCCUUUGCUCCUGGCUUGCCUGUGUGUGUGUGGCAUCUGUUCUCCCUGGUGGAUCCCCACCUGCAUGCCCACUUCUGGGGGGUUGGAGAACUGGGGUAAGGAGGACAUGUAA